AUGGAUCCAUGUCCUUUUCUUCGGAUUGUUAUAGGAAAUCUUGCUCUAAAAUUUCCUGAUCGUCGAUCUUUUCCGUGUUACUGUAAAUUCAGGCUUAAAGGGUUUCCUACUCAGGUUUCAGGUAUUCCAUUGCCAGUUCAAGAAAGUGAUGCUGUUGAGAGCAAAAUCCAUGCUUGUUUCAGUUUGAGCAAACCAGAAAUGGAGAAACUAACAGGAAAAUCGAGAAAUACAUCUGGGAAAUUACCCUUUUUGAAGAUUGAGAUUUACAGGGGGAAGAGAGAGCAUAUAUACAGUUGUGGGUUUAUGAAGAGAAAGAAACUUCUGGGGUAUGUUGUGGUGCAAUUGGAUUUGAAGGGCUUUAUUGAAAAUAAUAAUAUUAGUAGGGGCAGUAGUGUGAUUCAGAAUGGCUGGGUUUUAAUUUGUGGGUCUGAAGCAAAGUUGAAUUUGAACGUUAGGGCUGAACCUGAUCCAAGAUUUGUGUUCAAGUUUGAUGGGGAGCCAGAGUGCAGUCCACAAGUUUUUCAGGUCCAUGGGAAUGUUAAGCAGCCUGUUUUUACUUGCAAUUUCAGUUUCAGGAAUUCUGGGGAGAGAAAUUUGAGGUGCUGCAGCUAUACCUUAUCAGAACCAAGUACCUCAACUAGUUGCUUGAGUUCAAUCACAUCUGAUAAAGAAAAGCCGAUGAAAGAGAUCAGAAAGGGGUGGUCGAUCACUGUCCACGACCUCUCUGGCUCGUCUGUAGCCGCUGCAUCAAUGGUGACACCAUUCGUGCCAUCACCAGGCACCGAUAGAGUGAACCGAUCAAAUCCAGGAGCAUGGCUCAUUCUUCGACACUGCCACAGCACUUGGAAGCCUUGGGGGCGCCUCGAGGCCUGGCGGGAGAGCAAUGGCAGUGAUGUCCUCGGCUACCGCUUUGAACUCAUCUCUGAGGGCGGCAUAGACACCAUACCACUAGCCAAUUCGACUAUUAGUACAAAAAAUGGUGGGAAAUUCAGCAUUGGUGUAACCACUGGUUCAACCCCAAUGACUAGUCCUAAUAGCAGCUUUGAUCUUAGUUCAGGGUCCGGUUCUGGAUCAGAAUUCGGAUCAACGACAGGAUCUGGAUCUUGGGCACAUAUGUUCUACAGAGGCUUUGUCAUGUCAGCUACAGUCGAGGGUGAAGGGAAAUGCAGCCGGCCAGAAGUGGAAGUCGGGAUGCAGCAUGUUACAUGCAUGGAGGAUGCAGCAGCUUUUGUAGCACUGGCUGCUGCCAUGGAUCUAAGCAUGGAUGCUUGUAGAUUAUUCUCUCAUAAACUCAAGAAAGAACUGAGACAAUUCGAUCUCGAAUAA